GACAUCUAGUUAUUUAUCUUUUAUGAAUAUAUGUAUUUAUUUAUUUCAUCCUAAGGCCAAAUAAAAGUGUUUUACCUGUGUCCCCGCUGAUAUUAUAGAGCUGAACCACAUCUGUGUUGAAUCUGUUCCGUGUCCACAGUCAGAAUCUGAACUCACACUGUUCAACAGAUGCAGACUAGGUGUCCUUUGUCUUGUCCCACAUUUGGUUAACUGUCUUCUCCUUGAAUGUCCACUAGAAAUGUCUCUCAUAUCUUCCUCCCGUCUGUCAUUGUCUCCGCUCCUCAGUUAAAACAUGGAUUGACAGAAAUUCUCGUCAUUGGCAGUGAAAGAUUUAAACACAGGAAGUGGUUCAAAGUGUUUCCUGUUGACGUUUCUGUAGCUGAACCACUUCUGAGCCUCAGGUGGUUGUGGACCAGCUGAACCACCAUAAGGGUUUGGACUCACUGUCCCACAUCCAUCAGAAGUAAUGUUUGUCGUGUGACUGAUGUGGAUUCAGCAGAAUGGAUCAGUGUGAGGACAGAGAGAAUGGAGCCCCUCCCCCAAAGACCACCGACAGGACCCCCUCAGGACCUGGACCUGGACCGGACAGACCCCCCAAAGCUCAGAGACGUGGACCUGGACCGGGACCGGCACCUGGACAAGGACCCAGCUGUGUGUCCAUGAAGAGUACUGACUCCAAGGACUGGUUCUUUAACUUCAAACAGGAUCGUCCAUCAGAGAUCCAUCAGAGACCACAGUCCUCUGGACCUGAUCCUGGAUCCAGUUGUGUGUCCUUCAGAAGUGACCGGUCCAUGGAUUUUCCACUAGAAUUUUCUGCAGAAACAGUGGAGCAGCAGAGCUCAGAGGUUCCCACUGGUCUACAGGAUCAGACUCAGCUGGACUCCAUAUUUAAGCUGCUGGAGGAGAACAUCUGCACUUUUGUCAAGAACGAAUUGAAGAAGUUCCGCCAGGCUCUGAGUCCAGAUUACCCACAAUGCUUAGAGAGUCUGAGUGAUGACGAUGAAGAGCAGAGGAGAGAGGCUUUUCUGAAGAUCACACUGAACUUUCUGAGGAGGCUGAAGCAGGAGGAGCUGGCGAGCGUCUGCACCGCAAAGUCAGUCUGGAGUUCAGCAGCGGAAACUGAACGUAACCUGAAGCAGAAGUUUUGAGUGUGUGUUUGAGGGCAUCGCUAAAGCAGGAAACCCAAAACCCUCCUGAACCAGAUCUACACAG